AUGGGCUUCUGGUUCCCGGGGGCGCACAUUGGGCUCCAGUGCGGUUUGGAGAACGCUCAGGUGAAGGGCAUCUUCUACUACGAGGCACUGAGCGUUUUGUACGCCUUGCAGUACACACACUCUCACACGGAUCGCCCCCUCGCCCGCAUCGCCAUCCUCACAGACAACUCCAACACCGUCGACAUGUUCCAUUUCGUCCGUGCCCAGCCACUGUACAACCCCUUACUCACGUCCGCGGUCGAUCCCCUCCGUCACCACAACGUGCAACUGCGGGUCUUCCACGUUCCCGGCGUGCAAAAUGUUGUCGCGGACGCCCUCUCCCGCUUUGACAACAGCGCCGCCCUCGAAGUCGAUCCGAGCCCCACCAUCCUACCCUUCAUACCCCCUCGCCUGACGCUGGGGGCGACCAAGUUAUGA